UGUUUAACAGAGAAGAAGCCAUUUUGCCUGCGUCGAGACACGUAAGCCUUCGAAAGAAAAUUUACAAUGAGUGGUCGGUCAAAAGAAUGGACACUGUCCUGCAAGGUAUAUGUAGGUGAAUUGGGGAAUAACGCCAACAAACAGGAAUUAGAAGAUGCAUUUGGUCAGUAUGGAAGACUAAAAAAUGUCUGGAUUGCCAGGAAUCCUCCAGGGUUUGCUUUUGUAGAGUUUGAAGAUGCCAGAGAUGCAGAAGAUGCAUGCAAAGAAUUACAUGGAAAGCGACUUUGUCGAUCAAAGGUGAGAGUUGAGAUGUCACAUGGAAAGUCCCGUUGGGGUAAGGGUGGCCCCCCUGUACGUCAAUAUGGAGGUGGUGGCAGCAGAGGAGGACGAGAUAGCAGAGAUAGCUACUGGCGACCAGGAACAAGUCGGGGACGAUCUAGGUCAAGAUCUCGAUCUCCACCCCCACGUAGGAGGUAUUCCAGAAGCAGAAGCCGCAGCAGGUCCAAUUCUCCAUACAGACGCUAAUUGGUGCCAAGAGGAGGAUAGGGACACUCAGAGUUAACAGAGUGAUUGAAUUGUAAUGUCGCAUUUUCUAAGUCAUGGAGCAGUUUGUUAUCAAGGACAAGGAAUAUAAACAUUUGACAAGUAAAUGUCAGCAUUUGAACAUUGUUUUGAAGACUUGUGAAGUAAUACACUGCUAAAGCAUACAUUUCCCACCUGUGAUGUAGGCCAGGCUGAAUAACACAUCACAUUACUGGGGCUGCUCCAACAAUACCUGGCAUGUGUACCACCUGGAGUUUUUAGUCCAUUGGAUGUUUUAAAUAUUACAUUGUAAUAAUUGCUGAUAGUUGUGUAUUUUACCGUAAUCCAGUAAUAUCAUUUAUCAUCAAAAUUAAUGGGCUACUGUUGUACUUAAUUGAAAAAUCAAUCAAAAUAUUUCAGGAUUGUGUGCUUUGUUAACAUCUGCAGUUGGGUUUUUUUCUCUUUGCUUUGCAGAUGAUCAAGAGAUUUAUAGUAUCAUUGUUAUCUUUGUUGCUAACUUUGGGUUCUGAUACAUAGAAGUGAAGUACAACCAUCAGUGUAAACCUUUUUGUAUAAGCUAGAAUUGGCAUAUUAGUGUAUGUUAACUAUCAUCAUGUUUCAUCUCCAAAUGUUAAAAUAUCAUAUAAACCCACGAUAAGAUGUACAAAGCAAGGGUUUGUGUCUUUAUGUGGAUCAUGCAUCAAAAGCCUGCUGUACUAGGGACCUGUAUUGAAACUGAUUUUUUUGUUUUAGUAUAUUGUAAUGUAAGCUGGAGUGAAUGCAGUUGUUUUGUAAAGUCUAGUGUUGGAGGUACUAUAUAUUUAUGAUAUUUGUUUUUAACCCUAUCAUUAUGUACUUUUGUCAUUCUAACAUGUUUUUGUCAAGUAUUUUAAUUGAGAAGUAAACUAGAUUAUGUAUUUCUCAAAUCUGUCUAUUUAUUUCAUUGAUUAAAAGUAUUGAAGGAAAGAUUUUAACCUAGGGAUUUAUAUACAUGGACACAUAAUAAAAAGGAAAUUAGUUUGGUUAGUUUAAAUUGCUGUUAUUUUAGAUACAAAUAAAAUCAAGAAUUGCUCAUGCUUCUUGGUUAAAGGGAGAACCUUGUAUUUUCAGUUGUUUCUGUUCCAAAAAAUAAGAUAUUUUGUUUUAAAUUUAUAUUGAAAAAGCUGGACUUCAAAUUUUGAUUAAAAUUUGGAUACACAAGGAAAACAAAACGUCAUCUGAAUCUUGAACUUAAGGUAUCUCUUUGAAAUGGCUGAUUCCAAUGAAUAUUAUACAGUGUCAUGAGCGUAUCCUGCAAGUUGUUGUGCAAUAGGAUAAUGGUAUUGGUAAGGUUGAAUUUGUGCCUUGGAUUUCGAUGGGUUGGUCAGUACAUAAUGAUCAUAGGACAUCUCGCCUACUUAUUUAGCAGUUAGAAAAUUUCAUUCCAAAAUUUAAACCAAAGUAAUUUGUUGAUUGUCAGUAUUUUUGGGUGAUUUCAUUAGAGAUGGUAACCCCUAAUAGACUCUCUACUGUAUGUUUAAAACUAGGGUAUAUAUUGUUUAAUCCUCUUAACAUAAUAGGAUCUUAUUUAGUUGAUAUCAAACUAAAUAACUGUUGGUUUAAACAGGUGCCAAACCCCAACUUCCAUGUGUGUAUAUCAAAUGACCAUUGUAAAAAAAGUUGUGUAGUGGCAAUGUAAUGGCUCUAAAAUUACACCACAUAUAAGGACACUGAUAAAAAGAAUGUUCUAUUGUUAAGAUGUGUUGAAGUAAUGUGUCCUUUUCCUGAUUCUACAGUAUAUAUAUAUAUUGAAUGACAGAUGCUUACAUUGUAUAUAAAUCCUCAUAAUCAGUUCAUAUUUUACCAAGAGAUCUUUAAUUUGAACUUGAAAUCUUUAUUCAGUAAUUGUUUGAAUAAAAGUCGUGUAUUAAUAUUAA